AUGGUGUCACACCCAGGUGAAAUAAGGAGUGAGUUUUUACAGGAGGACGGAAGAGUAGAGAUCCUGGAAGCAGCAUUAGAGGUGGAGAGGAUUCCUGACCCUCCUGACCUAAAGGAGCAGGGGUUCUACAGAGAAACUAGAGAACAAAACCAUCAGUUCUUAGCUUUUGAUAUUUCAAAAGCUAUGGAAGGAAGAGGCGACACCUUCGACGGUAUGAGCACCGACCGCCUUAAACUGGAGUUACUGGAAGAAAGGCACCUGAAGGAUAUAGUACAACUCUCAGUGCUUGAAAUAAGACGCAAGAUAGCGGAACUGGAAGCCAAACUCAAUACUGACGAUAAAGGUGGUGAAUGGAAAACCCGUUAUGAGACACAACUUGAAUUGAAUGACCAACUAGAAAAGCAGAUUGUUUCUCUCAAAGAGAAAAUGGAAAAAAUCUGUGGAAAUCCUGCUGACAGACUGUCUUCUAUUCGUGUCUAUGAAUGGAUGCCAGUGGAAGCCUUAAAUACAUUGCUUAAACAACAAGAGAAAGAAAAAAGGAGCCUUGAAAAUCAAGUAAAAGACUCUGCACUGAGACUGGAACAAGAGUCAAAGGGUUACCACAAGACCAGCCGUGAGUGCUGUACAUACCUUGCUGAAAGGUCUCAGGUCUCCGGCUCCUACCAAGUUUCUAAAAGGCAACAGAUGGAUCAACUGCCUAGAAUGAAAGAGAAUCUAGUGAAAACGGGAAGAUGUAAUUCAGUUAAUCAGAAGACAAUGAAUGCCAUGAGAGGACCAGUAAAAAAGAUUUCAAGAUCAAACCAUCUUUCAAAACUCAAUCUCGUUCCCAUAAGACACUCUGAAGACUUAGACAAGCCCUUGCGCCCCGCCACCCGCCCCAAGGCGGGGAGUGGCAGUUCCACCCGGGGCCUGAGCUGUGUGAUGUCCCGGGGGGAACGUGGAACGGAACUUUGGGUGGACAGCGCGCCAGUGACGGGGUCUCCUUAG